CAUCUUAUUUCUUUUGUCGACUCUGAUGAAAAAUCUAUAUCAUUUGAUGUUUUCGCAGUAAUUUCAUUGUGCCCUUCUUUUUAAUAAAAAUCUAAUUUAAGUUCAUGUUAGAAUAUUACAUUAAGUUUAUUUUUAUGAGUCUUUUGAUAACAUUUUUUUUGUCGAGCAUUCUAAAUUUGUGUGACAGGAAUUCCAAAUAUUGAAUUUUUCUGUUUGUUAUUUGUGUUCUUUUGAUGUGACCGUGAAAGUGGUGGUUCUUGAGAAUGAUACAACAACAUGAUCAUGAGACAAACGGAUUACCGUCACAGUUCAAUCGGUGCUCACAGUAAUUGAUGUGAGUGUAUUGGUUUCACGAUUCCCUGAAAACCAUGUGGAUUUCGACAGAAACGCGUGCUUUCUCUGUAGCCAUCAUAUGCCAUUUUGUGACGACGUGCAAAACACACUUGCGUUUCCAAGAAAAUUGAAUACUUGAAAAGAGACAAAAAAAGUGCACGUUUCAUCUGUUGCAGAAAAGAUUCGGCCGAUUUUCAAGCGGUGAUUAUUAUUAUAACAACUUCUCGCUGAGUACGAACGCAAAUCAUACAUUCUCCGACGUGCGAUCGAAAUUGGAAUUUUUCGUUCAGUCGUUAGACACAUUAGCUUGUUCAUUUUCAGACUAUUAAUCCGGGUUUUAACUAUUUUUAAGUUAAAUUUGCUUUUAACGUUAAUUAAUAGUUUUGCGGUAUUUUUUAUUGAAUGCGCGAAAUUUUAUUGAUUACGUAGGAAAGUGAAAUUAUCGAAACAAAUUUUUCAUCGUUUUUUUUUCUCUUUUGUGAAUUCAAUUAAACACUCUAAAUAUAAGCGUGCAAAAGUUGCAAGAGAGAUUAAUCAACCAAUAGACGCUAAAAUGGGUCCAGAUGGAAAUAAUAAUUUGUUUAAUAAUUUAAUGUACCGUAAUGUGCAGCAGUCAAGUGAAAGCCAGAGCGAAGCCUCCUCAUCGGCUGAAAGCGAUUGGAGCGAUAUUAACAGUAUUGCUUUGCAAAUGGGCUUGCAUCCAAAAGAUUUGUGCGUUGAACGGUUUAAAGUUGAUCGACAAAAACUUGAAAAUAUGAUUAAAGACGCAUCACCUACCAAAGGCAUAAAUGCUGCUGAAUGUUUUUUCGAAAACAUUAUAAAAUCGACUGGGACCCGCAUCAGCUGGCCAUGUCGCUUAAAAAUCGGUGCAAAAACAAAAAAAGAUCCACAUGUGCGAAUCGUUGGUAAAAAUUCGGAUGUCAUGAAAGCUAAAGAGCAAAUUUUGCACUCUUUGGACUCUCGUGUAAGUAGAAAACAACUACAAUUAAGACAUAACGACUUAAUCAUCCUUUUUCGCGAUCAGGGCUGUCGUGUAAUCAUGAAAAUGGAUAUUUCGUACUCUGACCAUUCAUACAUAAUCGGACGUGGUGGUAACAAUAUUAAGAAGAUCAUGGAAGACACUUUGACUCAUAUUCAUUUUCCUGAUUCGAAUCGUUCGAGCCAAACGGAAAAAAGCAACCAAGUUUCGUUAUGUGGAAGUUUGAAAGGCGUGGAAAAGGCACGCGCUCUAGUUCGUUUCUCGACACCAUUGAUUAUAUCUUAUGAAUUGCCCAUGAGCAUUCCUGGUCGACCGAUGCCUGAUAACAAUACCGAAUACGUUAAGGAAGCUGAAGCUAGGUUUAAUGUUCAAGUGAGAUUUUUGUCUCGUGCUAAAUUGCAUACGUCCGUUUUGGUUAAAGGUUGUGAAAAAGAAGCAGAAAAAGUUCAAGACGCAGCUCGUCAUCUAUGUUUUCAUAUGUGUGGAAGUAGCCAAAUUCAGGUCAAUUUGCAGCUUCAAAUUUCACCACAACAUCAUGACAUCGUUAAAGGCAGAAACAACAUGCACCUAAUGAAAAUCAUGGAGCAUACUAAUACCAAGAUAAUAUUUCCGGACUUGAGUGACGCGAACAUAAACCCGAAAGAAAAAUCUCAAGUGACUAUUACUGGUAUCAUUGAUGGCGUUUACCGAGCUAGACAGCAGCUCAUUGGCAAUUUGCCGGUGGCUCUGAUAUUCGAUUAUCCGGAAAAUUCGGUUAAACAAGAGGAUAUUAAUACGCUCAUGAAUCAAUUUGGAGUUUUCAUUGCUGCCCGCCAUAAGCAACGACAAAGCACUUUGUGCAUCGUUAUAAAAGGAAUCGAGAAAUACGUCGAUAAAAUCUACGAAGCUCGACACAAACUCUUGAAUUUGACAUCGAAGGAGGUUGUGGAGGCUGAAAUACCGUCUACAUAUUUCUCAUUGGUAGAACAAGAAUUCAAUACAUCGGCCUUGGUAGAGAUUUUAUCCAGUGUUCCUAAUAGUCCCCUCACGCCCGGUGGUUUGUUGCAAAAUUUCACUCCAACUUUUCCGAAUCCUUCAUUUCAAAACCAACUUGGCAGUCGCGUGCAUGAUUUUUCAAAUUUGACACCAGCAAAUCUACGCUAUCAUGCACUCCAACAACAAGCCCUUCAACAGCAAGUGAACAAUCAAACUUUAGCUUCAAGUCUUUCAGCAAAUGUUAUGCCAUCUUAUUCAACCGGUCCAAGUGUUUCACCCCGUUCUACGAGCACGAACACCAGUGGAUAUCUUAGCCAUGCAAGCAACAUCCUCAAUAUCAGUGGCAGUGCAAAUUCACUUGAACAACUUUACGCCCCAUACAAACCAGCGAUCCAAAUUAACGGCAAUGGUGUAAACCAUUUUCCGCAAUCGGAAAGUCAAAUAUUUAUUGGCAGUUCGGCUACCAAUUUAUCACGGCAUUUAAAUGAAAGCGGUAACCAUUCAUUCGAAACUGAAAAUCGUUUGCUGACACCGGGCUUUCAUUCGCCACGAACAUUGGAUUUUGAUCGAAAGCGUAUUGAAGGUCUGAAAGCGAUGGACCGUCUCGAUUUGAAUAGAGAACAGGUUAGAACACCAACUGAUGCAUGGGUUAAGUUUUCCUUGAGCAAAACGUCACCGUUUGCACUGGAAUCAUCAUCCGCAGGUGUGUCGCAAUGGGCUCAAAGAGAAAAACUCAACUUUGACAAAGUUGCAACCACGGGUCUUAUUGAUAGUGUACCAUGGAGUGACCGCAUAUCUUUGUCUCAGUUCAAAGAUAUCCAUUCACUAUUCAGUCAUCUCAAACUUGAGCACUACAUCAGUAAUUUUGUUGUAGAGAAAAUUGAUAUCAAGAUGUUUGCCACGUUGACUGCAGAAGACUUACUGGAGCUGAAAAUCAAUGCGUUUGGUGCUCGAAAACGUUUACUUUUGGCAAUAAACCAGUUAAAGGCAGAAACUCCUCCAUCAAGUGAAUGGGUCCAGUUAUCUGACUUCAAAGAUAUUCCAUCAUUAUUUACACACUUGGAAAUGGGUCAUCACAUUGAAAACUUCAUUCAAAAUGAAAUUGAUUUGAAAACGUUCGUGACGUUAACAGCACACGAUUUGGAUGAACUCGGUGUUAAACCAUUUAUCGAGAAAAAACGACUUCUUCUGGCUAUCAAUCAAUUGAAGUCUGAAAGGUUUGCUGGUUCGGCGGCUCCUGGUGCAGAGCGUCGAUCAAGUGCAGGAAUUAUUCCAGAGUCUAAACUGUUCCACAUUUCUUAGAAUUGUUCAAAAAGUACAUAGUACUGAAACUUCAAAAUGGAACCAGAAAAAGAACAAAUAACAGCCAAUGCAUACAAUAAUUUUAAAUGGUAGAAAAAUUAUAUAAUACAAAGUUUACUUAAAAUCAUUGUUAAAAUAUCAAUAAUGAUUUACAUAAUAUUUAAAACAAAGGUCAAAAGGCGGAUGAUAAUAAUCAUAAUUGAAAGAAAAAUAGGUCACAAGCAAGCGUGAACUGCGGUUUUUGGUGUAUUUGCAUAUAGUUUCAUCUGGAUUUUUAGUAACCAAAAAUAUGAGUCUCUUUCAUAUGUAUUUGACCGUCAUGGCCAGAUAAUAUACGAGAAGAUUGAAAGUGUUUUAAUUUGUACAACCAUAAUAAAUUAUUUAGUCGACAAGCAGCUAAAAUGCCGAGAGCGAAAUUAAUAUGAAUCGCAAUUAAACCACAAAAAAUAAUUAUGAUAAUGUGAAAUUGAAACAACGACAAGCCACCACAGAUAUUCAAAAAUAUAAUACAAUAUAUAUAUAUAUAUAUGUAUAUACACAUAACGAAAAUGAGAAAUCCCAAUGGAUGAUAGGCUAAUACAUUUCAUAGAGACAUGUUGUUGUUGCGAAAAAUCGCAGACUUUUAAUUUUGAAAUAAUAGAUUGAAAAAGAAACAAAAGAGAAAAUUUAACGCAAAACAUUGUAUGCAAUGCGCUGGCUUAAUAUAAUACCUUUUUUUCUUCCUCUCAUUCCAUAAAUUGAUAACAACUCAUUACUGCAUGCACAAUGUUAUUACUACAUUAUUCAUUAAAAAAUUUCUACUCAUAAAGUAAUUUCAAUCCCCCAUUUCCAAUCAUUCGAAUAUUAUUUGAAAAUUAUGAAAACACUCAGCAUAUAUAUGAUUAAAAAUGAAUCAAUUCACUUUGAAACAAACAGAAGAUUAAAUUGUAAUUAUAAUUAUAUUCGAAUUAUUUAUGAAAUAAAUUUAUUUGAACAGGAA